AAAGGAUCGCGUCCUGGCAUCGCCGCUCGGCCCGAGGGGCGCUCGAGAGGAUGAGCGUUGCCCCCCUCGCCGUCGUGCUCGGCUGUCGCCGCGGGCUGCGCGCCGGAGAUGACGGCUGCAGCGCCCUCCCUGGCCGCCCCUGGGCUGCCUGCCGGGGCCCCGGCAGGCUGCUGCUGGAGGCGGCGCGCGGCGCGCCCCGCGGGGCCCUCGGGGCGGGGGCGCUCGCCGCCGCCGCGGCGCUGGCGGGCCUGCGGGCGCGCCGCGCGCCGCGGCGGCGGGGCCACCGGCGAGGCGCGGUCCGGGAGGAGAGGCCGCGGCCGGGCCGUGGCCUGCGCGGGCGGCGGUGGCGGCGGCCGUCAGGCGCCCCUCCAGGGUGGGCGCGCGGGCUGGCGCUGCGGCCGCUGCCGCCGCUGCUGCUGCCGCUGGCCGCGCCGCUGCUGCCGGGCGUACGCCGACGGCGACGACGACGGCGGACGGACUCCGACUCCGGCUUGGACUCCGACUCCGACCCGGAGUCUGACAGCUCCCACUCCGAGUGCUCCGACGACGACCCCGAGCGCAGCCCCGCGGCGGCGGCCAGCCAGCAGAGGAAGCCCUCCUGGGUGGUCCAGUUCAACGACGCGGGCACCUCGUCCCACUCCACGGGCACCGCGUCCCAGCCGAUCGGCGGCGGCCUCGGCGGCAUCCCGGUCCUGGACCCCACGGCCACGGACACGCCCGCCGCCUUCCGGUCCGACGGCAGCCCGAGGCGCCUCCAGCGGGGCGCCUCGUCCGCUGGCCUGGCGCGCAGCGUGUCCAUCGUCUCGGAGCCCUCCGGCGGCUUGAUCUCGGAGCCCUCCUUCGCGAGCUCUGCGGGGGCCUCUGCUGCUGCUCCGCGGGGGAACAAGGACGACUUCGCGACCAUCAAGGACAUGCAGUUCGAGGCUCCUGCCUGGCUGGAGUUCCUCCUGCUGAUCACUGGCGUCUACUGGCUGCAGGACGCCAUACAGGCGGGGCGCGCGAAACGCGCAGAUGGCAAGUUCAUGAACCCGUUCCCUCUGACCUACGAGCUGGUGUCGGACGUCUGGUUCGAGGUCCUGGUCGCAGUGAUCAUCCUGCUCAACUGCGCCUACAUCGGCGUCGUGGCCUCCUUCCCGGUCGGCGAGGGUGCGGCCGUGCUCGAUGCGCUCGAGCACGUCUUCGUGGUGUUCUUCGUGGCGGAGUGGUGCCUGCGCGUCGCCGCGUUCGGCUGGCCGUGGGCCUUCGAGUUCUACAACUUCCUCGACACCCUGCUCGUGUUCGGGACGGGGGUGCUGGUCAGAUGCCUCGCAGAACGAUGCAAUCAUCAUGCGCUGGCCGUGGAAGCCUUCCAGAACUAG